UUUUCUCAUUUUAUCCUUUUUUUUUAAAAAAUUUCACCACAACCGGCAAUAAUUUUUGAUCUCACCAGUCACAACUACUAAAAAAAAUGGAAGAAUUAUUCAGUACUGACCGGCAAUUACCCGUCGCCGGUUUCCCCGAGGAGCUAACUCCUUUCCCUGACCCUGAACCUCAACCACACUCUUCCUCCACCGUUGGAUUCUUCUACCCUCAAUCAACGCCACUGAUUUCUUCUCCGGCGCCACAGAAACUCCGCCCUAUAAGAUCCAACGGUAAAAAUCCGCCGGAAUAUUCUGCGUCUGAUGACGCAUUGCUCAGAAUCAAUGGUUGUAAUUCGUCGGAGCUAGGGUUUCUUCAAUUUCAGUCUAAUUUAGGGGAAAAUGGAGGAAAUUUUAGGUUGCCGGAAAAGUUGGAAGAUGACACGUCAGCUGAUGCACUUUUACAAAUGAAGUCUGAAAUGGAUGCUCACUUGAUUUCUAACUUUAAAUCUCAAAUUUCACACCUCAAUUUCUCCUUCAGUUCGUCGUCGGAUUGUAGUGGUGAAUCCGAGCAUAAGGUGGAGGAACCGAGUUCGAGUGGGAGACCGAGGAAGAAGAGGAGGAAGAGGAUGGAGUUAUUUUUAGAAAAUUUGAUGAGUCAAGUUAUACACAAGCAAGAGCAGAUGCAUUACCAGUUAAUGGACUUGAUAGAGAAGAAGGAGAAGGAGCGGAUUACUAGAGAGGAAGCGUGGCAUCAACGAGAGAUGGAGCGUGCUAAGAGAGCGGAGCAGAUUAGAGCUCAGGAGGCUGCUCGUAGCCUUGCUCUUAUUUCGUUUAUUCGUAAUGCUCUUGGGGUUACUGACAUACAGGUCCCCGAGCUCUUAUCGUUACCCCCGGUUUUCUCUGGGGAAGAGAUUGGUGAUCCUCAGAUGCUGGGGCAAGGUGAACUAGACAAGUUUGAUCCUAACAAUAAGAGGUGGCCGACCUCUGAAGUCCAAGCGCUCAUCACUCUACGAGCUGCUUUGGAUGACAAGUUUCGUACUUUAGGUGCCAAGGCUCCUGUGUGGGAAGAAGUAUCAGCAGGGAUGGCUAAAAUGGGAUAUGUUCGGAGUGCGAAGAAAUGCAAAGAGAAGUGGGAGAAUGUUAAUAAAUAUUAUAAGAAGGCAACAGGCAAUGGGAAGAAACCUUCUGAGAAUGCCAAGUCAUGCCCAUACUUCCAUGAGCUAGAAACCCUCUAUAGAAAUCGGCUUAUUACUGCUGCAAAAGCAAACUCUCCCAGCAAUGAAGAUCCUGAACAGAACGGAAUUUUGUAGGAAGUUAGAUUAGCCUUGGACUUCAACAUUAUCACAGCUUAUUCAAGUUACCUGACCUAUUAUAAGAUAGUUGGAAUUGAAUGUUCCCCUUGUUUGGUAAUUGAAUAUUCCUGAUUCAUUUUCCAUCUGCUCUGCAUGUCUUGUAAUGGACAGAGAAGGAAAGCAGGAUAUUCUUUGAAGCCUUCAUUUUGGCUUUAUGCUCAUUGAUGAAUGAUGAUCUCUGCUUAGAGUGGAACUAAUAUGGUACAUCCAGAAGACCGGCACUGCCUAGUGCCUACGGUCUCAAUCUUGUUUCCUCUGUCAUGAAUCAGCUUAUUUGCUUCUUCGGCAUGUUAUAUCAUUGUUGCUAUGUCGUUGAUCUUUCAUUUGGAUAUAGCCAACAAAUUGUGCCUGGAAGGAUGUCGGGUAAAACAGCAAAACUCUUCUUGGCAUGUUGCUGGCUAGUCCUUUUUGAUAUUGUUCUGCUUUCAUCUAGAUUGAGGCAUUGAGCAGCUAAGGAUUUAAGUAAGCAUCGGGAGAAGGAUAUUCAGAAUGUAAUGUAGGUCACAUGUAACGUAUUUAAAGCAGAAAUGAAAUGAAGUUUAGCUCAGUGCCCUUUUUAUUUA